UUAAGAGUCUUUUAGUUAAGGAAGCAAGUUUUUUAGGUAAGGAAGUAAGUUUUUCGUUUCGUAGGCAUUAAACUGGAUAUUUCUGUGAACUGUGUUUACUGCUUUUAAACGCUUGUAAGGCUAAUCCAACUGUUUUUAUCUUUGAGAUAGUAACGUAACGUUACAGGAAAGCGGUGGAACAGACAGACUUCGACACGAGGCAUCAGCUGAUUCACAGCUCUGUCUCAAAACAAACAGGCUAUCUGGAUGUACACUGCUCAAAAAACAUGCCCAGGUUGGCAACUCACUAAGAAGACACCAAUGCUGAAAGUCCAUUUAGGAGCAGUCUGAAAGGUUUUGCCAUGGAUCCAGAGGUGUCCCUCAUGCUGCACUGUGAUCCAUUACAGGCUAUCGGAGAACAUCAAACACGCAUAGAAAUUUCAGACAGAUUUAAUCGGCAGAGUUUUCCUGAGAUCGAGCAGCACAUUGAAGCCGUGUGGAGUGACAGAGUGACCCAGGAACCGUGGCUCUUCAACGGGGCUAAAUUCAGAUUACAUUCAGCGAUGCUCUCCGUCAUGGAAAACGGACCAAUGGGAGAACAGGCUGUCCCAAACAAAGGAGACCAGUUAGAAAGUGGCAAUACAUCUUCGGACAGUUUAGCAAAAGAUGAGCAGUCAUGUGUCCUAAAUUUACAGCUUGGCCUGACCUGUUACAAAGACUAUCUUGGGACUAACUGGUCGCGCGAGGCGGCGAACCUGCAGAGUCACGGACGGAAUGAACGCGCAGAUUCGCAGGCCUUCCUCGCGCAGCCGCUCGGCGUGGGCGCUGUCAUGGCAACCGCUGAUGGAGACGUGGUCCUGCUGAGGAGGAGUCAGAAAGUGGCAGAGGCUGCAGGACUGUUAGACAUACCUGGAGGUCACCCUGAACCAAAGAUGGUGUGUCCGGAGGUCAGUGAGGAGGCCAUAUGUGUCGAGUUUCUGCAGGGUAAGGAGAGAGCCGUUGUUUCUGAGAUCUUCUCCUCUGUGUGUGCAGAGAUCAGUGAUGAGGUGAAUGUUCCUGUCAGUUCUCUAAGCAAACCGUUGUUCAUGGGAAUCGCGCUGAACCACACCAGUGCAGGCCGACCCAGUGCAGAGUUUUACGUUAGGUGCACUCUGACGACGGAGGAGGUGAGAGACUUCUAUAGACGUGGAGGUCCUGAGGCCCAUGAGUCCACUGACAUACUGUUUCUGAGUCGAGCGAAAAUGCUCCAAUUAAACGAGCGCUCCCCCAUGUGGUCAGAGAUGUGUCCUUCAGCUAAAGGUGCAGUGCUGCUGUAUCAGAGGGUGAUGCCGGAUUAAUGAUCUCAUCAGAUGGACAAACAGCAGGCGCUUCAUACAUCACUUAAACUUUAAAAGGUAUAUCAGGGAUAACGUUGAGUUGUUGCAUACAGUAAUGUAUUGUAUAAGAGACUUGUUUGGGAAAUUGCAAAAACAUACCAUACAAAUACAUUUUGUAUGCUGGUGGAUGAUAAAGGUGUAGUCAUUUUCAUGAUAUUUAUACAUAAAGUUCUUGUACUGAACACAUUUAAAGUAUAUUUUGCAGAGUUACCUAUGAAAUGUAUUCUUUGUAUUGAAUACGCAACUUUUCAUAUUAAAUUAAUAAGAUUAUAAAAACAGAUGACUAAGACCUUUUAACUUGGAGCAAGUUUGUUAUAACCGUUUGGGAUUCAUGGUGAAAGUCUUUUCAAAGAAGCUCAAGGAACAGAAAUUGCACGCAUGUAUUUAUUAAAACACUGGCAAGGCAAAAACAAAUUAUUACAAUCUCGUCCUACUAUAAAUGUUAUAUGUAUGAACCUGACGAGAACAGUUUUCACAAUAAAUAUAUUCCCGUAACAGUUUUACAGAGAAUAUUCCCUUACAAGCCACAAUGAGCUAAUUGUGACAAUGGGAAGGAGAAGCUCUGUAGAUUUACACACAUUUACAAAAUGUUUUUGAAUGGAUGUUCAGUGCAAAUAAGUAAAAAUGGAUGUCAAGAAAUAAAUGUAUUUUCUUUUAACAAUACAGUUACCGUUAAGAUCAAUGACAAAAAAAUUAAACAUGAUUCAUCUCAUGAUGUUUUUUCAGUCAUUAGAAAAUCGAUUAAAAACAAUAUAAAAGUUGGACCCCCUGAAAAUAAAUGUUGUAAAUUAAAAUCCCUUGUAGGCCACAUUUGAGCAGCUUGGACUUUACGAUCACGUUCGACAGAAGUCACGCAGGUUUCUAAAGACAUGACUGAAGACAGGGUUUUUCAUUUUUUGAUUAGCCACCCUUUAAAAACCCAAAUGCAUUCCUGUACACAAGCUAGCGCCUCAUUAAGCAAUGACCUUUCUUAAUGAAAUUACAGUCAGACAGAGCCACUUACUGUUGUAAAGGUGAAG